AUGGUUGUCAUGGCUAGCAUUGUCACCUGGCCAAGAAGUAUGGUUGCCAUCAACUUAACAACAUUGUUCAGACAAGUCUCUCCUCUAGAUUUCUCACACUGUUUGCGUUUGGUGGAAGUACGUAUACCAAAUUACGUGGUUAAGGGCUCAGCAGCACAGCUUGAGUGCCUCUAUGAUUUGGAUGGUGAAUCUUUGUACUCGGUAAAAUGGUAUAAGGAUGGCAAUGAAUUCUAUCGAUAUGUACCCAGAGAUAUGCCGCCAGCACAAACAUUCCUGCUGCCAGGUGUUUCAGUUGAUGUUCACAAUUCAAGCGAUGCUGUGGUGACAUUACGCGAAGUUAACCUACAAUCAGCCGGCCGAUUUCGCUGUGAAGUAUCCGGGGAGGCACCCUCAUUUCAGACAGUUACUGAACAUGGUGAUAUGGUUGUUGUAUCCUUACCUGACCAAGGUGCUCCCAAAAUAACCGGUGGCCGUCCUCGCUAUCAGAUUGGUGACACGGUGCGCAUCAACUGCACAGCUGGUCGUUCAAAACCUGCCGUUCAAUUGGCAUGGUUCAUAAAUGGCGAACCCGCUGAACCCUAUCAAUUGCGUAAAUACGAUCCAAUCUUGUGGGGUCGUGACGGUUUGGAAACCUCAAUUUUGGGCCUCCAAUUCCGUGUAGAUCAACAUCAUUUUCGUAAUGGUGAUAUGAAAUUGAAGUGUGUUGCAUCACUUUCCACCUUCUAUUGGCGCAGCAAUGAAGAAUCUGUCGAAGGUGAUCGCCCGCAAAAAGCACCCGUACUCGAAUCCCGCGAAACUGUGUACGCCAGCAAUUCAAGAGCUGAUCCCGUACAAGGUAUGUCAUUGCGGGAAAGUUUUGUUACCAAAAUUUUAUCGUUUUUCAUUCAACCAAAUGCAGCCAAUAAAACGGAUUCCACAAUGACAACAAUAAAGCCCUCCACAUUAAUACUGCUGAUUGCGAUGGCUUUACUGACAUCAAGUGGUUGUUUCGAACAACUAC